ACCCCCCAAAAUUAGGCGAACAUCUGUUCAAAAAACCACCUCCCACUCUUCAAAUCAAAAUUUUCCCGGAAAAUCCACCUCAAUUUUCCCCCAAACACCUCCCUACUCCGGAAAAUCCAAAAAAUCUGCUUAUCCCCAAAACAAAAGCCAACCCAUAUAGGCAUUUCUGCCAUUGAUUAAACGUCAAGAAACAAAAGAAACCAGGCACAAACACAGUGAAUUAACUCUUCAAUCUCCUUCACCGAGCUCUUGGGCCGAUCCGCGAUGCCGAGCAAGCUGAGGAAGGCAAUCGGUGCAGUGAAAGAUCAAACGAGCAUUGGCAUCGCAAAGGUUUCCAACAAUGCCUCCAGUCUUGACGUUGCAGUGCUCAAGACCACCAGCCAUGAUGAAGUCCCUCUUGAUGAUAGAUACGUAAAUGAAGUUCUUCAACUCAUCUCUACCAACAAGGCCUAUGCUGCGGCCUGUGCCCAGGCCAUCGCCAAGCGAAUAGGCCGCACCCGGAAUUGGAUUGUGGCCCUUAAGUCCCUCAUGCUGGUUCUUCGAAUUUUCCAAGAUGGUGACCCCUACUUCCCUAGAGAUGUCCUGCAUGUCAUGAAGAGAGGGGCGAGGAUACUGAACCUUACUAACUUCCGGGAUGACUCGAAUUCCAGUCCGUGGGACUACACUGCAUUUGUUCGGACGUUUGCAUUGUAUCUGGAUGAGCGACUGGACUGCUUCCUCACCGGGAAGCUUCAGCGGAGGUUUGCCCGCGAUGAAGCGGAAAAGAGACAUGGCGGUCGGAAGUUGAAUCCACCAGUCCGGGACAUGAAGCCGGGGAUGCUGAUCGAUAGGAUUACCAAUUGGCAGCGGUUGCUGGAUAGGGCGGUUGCCACCAGACCAACUGGUCCUGCCAAGACUAAUAAGUUGGUGCAGGUGACUCUAUAUGCAGUUGUGCAAGAGAGCUUUGAUCUUUACCGGGACAUCUCUGAUGGGCUAGCGCUUCUUCUUGAUAGCUUCUUCCAUUUGCAGUACCAGUCCUGUGUUAAUGCCUUCCAGGCUUGUGUCAAGGCAUCGAAACAGUUUGAAGAGCUGUCUGGCUUCUACUCUUUGUGUAAGAGCAUUGGAGUUGGGAGGACUUCUGAGUAUCCGAGCGUGCAGAAGAUAUCUGAUGAGCUCAUUGAAACGUUGCAGGAGUUCUUGAAAGAUCAAGCUCCUUUUCCAUCAAAUGGGCGGGCACCGGCCUCACAUUUGCUCCUGCCAGCACCGGCGAAGAACGUCGGGGCGAGUUCUGAGCACGGGGAGGCCGAUCAAUCGGAAGUAUCAGAACCGACUGAGAGGUUUUCAGGUUAUUCCACUUCAUUAGAGGACUUGGUAAGUGUGGUUGAUCUCGGAAUGAGCCCCUCCAUCUUCGCUGAUCAGGAGGGUGGUUUUGAGCCGUCUGAGAAACAAUCACAGCAAGGCGACUUCGCAAAUUUCGACGACAAUGGCUCAGUCCCUUCCCUAUCCGUGGAGCAAAGAUCAUAUUCAGCUCCAGAUGAUCUUGUAUCGUUCUACGAAGACUGGCCAGAACAGCCAAAAGAAGAAGAAAAAGAAAAAGAGGCCUCAUCUUCAGCUGAAGCAGACUUGUGGGAGAUUGUCUUGGUGGAGACUGCAAACCAAGCAACACAGCCAUCUCACGACCUCUCCAAUAGCUUCCAAAACCCGUCUCCCAUGGACGAUUUCUUCAACCAGACUGCAGUUCCUGAUCAGAACACCAACCCAUUUCUACAAGCUUUGGACGAAACGCCUGUCAUUGCUGCUACUACCACAAGUUUCUUCCCAAUGUCCCCAACCUUUCAUGCAACUCCAACCUUUUCCGCGCAGAAUCUGAACGACACGGAAGUUGCUGUGCAGAAUUCGGAUGACCCCUUUGCAGCAUACCCCACUGCAAUGAGCAAUGAACAAAUAUUUAAUGGGCUAGAUAAUCAACAGAAUGUGCUGCAUGAACAGAAGUUGUGGUUGGAGCAGCAGAAUAAGAUUAUAGCCAAGGUACAUAGCUUAGAUUCAUGAAUCUAUAACGUGGGGUUUUGUAAAUUGUAGUGUGAUUAUGUGUAGUCCUGGUAAAUUCAGCAGAGAAAAAAAAAAAAUGAAACUUGGCAAUUCUAGGAUUGAAAUCAUCUGAUG